AGAGGUCGGCCCAACCUGUGUAGCCUUCUUGAGGACGCCGCGAAAACUGCAACCAAUCCGCGCAAGGGAGGCUCGCAUUUUCCUUUGCUUUUGGAACCUGGUUAGGAGCGUGCUGCCGAUGGAGGAGGGCUUGUUCAGAUACCACCGGUUCUGGCUUGUUGAAUGAUGGCGAACUCAUUUCGUGUGUGACAACAGGGUGUUCUAUUGAUUCAGUCAGAUGUGCCACACACAAAGAAAACCUGAGGUUUUAAUCACACAGGGAGAGAUAUUUGCUUGUCUUUGCAUGAGAUGGCAGGAAAUAUUUCUACGGGAGAAAAACAGAUGGAAUAUCCGUCUCAGAACAUACUAUACCCAUCUGUUGGUGAUACUGUUCCUGAAAUCUCUGUAUCAUUUACUCCUAUAUCUUGCUAUGGAAAAAUAGUGCCUUAUGCAGCAGAUAAUAACAAUUCCAUACAGUCUAGAAGUUGUUUGUUGAAUUUUACAACAGAUACUAAGAUGGGCUUUGAAGAACCCAGCAAAACAGUAAAUGGAAAAAAGCCUUCAACUAUUGGGAAUCUCCCUGAAGUGACCUCUCUAAGAAAGGAAGAAACAGCAAGAGCCACAGCUGGUCUUGCAGAAAGAAAAUGCUUAAAGAAUACAUGUAUUUCAGGAUCAGAUAACGAACUACAUAGGGAAUGUAGCAUCCCUGAGAUUCAAAAACUCAAACAUGUAAAUUGGACAGAAUUGUUUCUUGAUCAGUCUCCCAUUGGGGAUAGCAUUCAGGAAAGUAAUCAACCUGUCUGGGAUCACUGCAUAUUAAAAAAGAUGGUUCAAAGUAACAGGGGCAAAGAUGGCAUAAAUAAAAAGCCUGACACUUUUGAUCCAAAGCUGUUAUAUGCAAAUAUUUUAAAAACCAGCCAGCCAAGCAUAAAAAUGAAAACUAUUUUUGGGUUCCACUCAGCGACAGUUCAGAUGAAGAGUGGACAGAAAAUAAUUUAA